AUGUCUCGUUUUAUGAUUUAUUUAACGCUGCUUCUUGCUAUUGUUAACUUGGCCUAUGCCCAGCUCGAUGCGAUAAAUACUCCAACUGGAGAUAUUACACAAGGAGUGAAAAUUCUUGUCACUUGGAAACUGGUGGGACCAACGACACAAGCAGGAGUUUUACGAGCCGUCAACAAAGAUACGCAAGCUUCAACAACAUUAUCAGAUACCUUAGAUCUUAAUUCGUUACAAUAUGAAUGGGUAGUUAAUGUAGACCCGGGUAGUUAUAAUUUCGCUCUUAACGAUGGAACUGGAGAUAAAUUUUCCGGUCAAUUUAAUGUUGUAGCACCAAAAACACCCGCUGCACCUGCUGAUGGCAAAGCCCCUGCUGAUGGCAAAGCCCCUGCUGAUGGUAAAGCACCUGCUGAUGGUAAAGCACCUAAAACUCCUGCGGCUAAAGAUCCUAAAACACCAACCAGUAAAACACCCGCUGCCGAACCAAGUCAACCUCCAAAGGCACCAGCUGAACCAGAUACGCCAAAAAAUCCCAAGUAA